CCCCAAACCGGCACGUAACUUGUCGUGACCGUGCCAGAUCUCUGAUGACCCAACCCAACCAAGAGGCCAUAAGCCAAUCGCCUAUUGCAGCCAUUGUUGUUCACUGAAGAGAGAGAGACAGAGAUCAGAGAAAUGUCGUCGCACAACAAUUCAUCAUCAUCGGCGGCGAAUGAUCCACGGCAGCCCUCAGCUGCAAAGCCGUUCGCAUCAUCGAUGGUGUCUCCUCAAGAACUUCCCAUCGAUUACUCCGGUUUCAUUGCCGUCAUCUGCGCCGUCGCCGGCGUCAUGUUCCGUUACAAGCUUGGCUCGUGGCUCGCUAUCAUAUUCUGUGCUCAAUCACUUGCCAAUAUGAAGAAUAUGGAGAAUGAUCUUAAGCAGAUCUCGAUGGCCAUGAUGUUUGCUAUAAUGGGAUUGAUGACGAACUACUUUGGGCCUGCUCGACCAGCACCACCCCAAAAUUAAGAUUUCUUAGAUCUUGUAUUCGGAUGUUACAAUUAAUCCGAGCAUCCUUUUUGCGUUAAUUGCGUUUCAACUUAAUUAAGUAGCGAAAUUUGAUGUGAAAAAUUCAAAGAUUAACCUAGAUGUACCCUCUGAUACUGGAUAUGUUUUCAUUUUUGGCUCUCACUGAACCAUCUUUUUGUGGUUAUUCUGCUUUGAUUUUUUAAGUGUUGUGGUAUUGUUCAGUGUGACGUAGUAAACAACCA